CUUCAGGAGGAGCCGCGAACCAAUCAGGAUCCAGAGCUCCGCAGCAGCGUCACCGUUUUCCGCUCAAAGUCACAGUUUAAGAGCAGCGGAGCCUCGUCUGUUCGGAACAAUUUUCUCCUGGUCCGAGAAGCAGAGCCAUGGCCAGAACCAAGCAGACCGCCCGUAAAUCUACCGGAGGCAAAGCUCCCAGGAAGCAGCUGGCCACCAAGGCUGCGCGUAAGAGCGCUCCAGCUACCGGCGGCGUCAAGAAGCCUCACCGCUACAGGCCCGGUACCGUGGCUCUGAGAGAGAUCCGUCGCUACCAGAAGUCCACGGAGCUGCUGAUCCGUAAGCUGCCCUUCCAGCGGCUGGUCCGGGAGAUCGCUCAGGACUUCAAGACCGACCUGCGCUUCCAGAGCUCCGCCGUCAUGGCUCUGCAGGAGGCCAGCGAGGCUUACCUGGUGGGUCUGUUCGAGGACACCAACCUGUGCGCCAUCCACGCCAAGAGGGUCACCAUCAUGCCCAAAGACAUCCAGCUGGCCCGCCGCAUCCGUGGAGAGAGAGCUUAGAGACGGAGGUCAAACAAAAACACACAACGGUUCUUUUCAGAGCCACCGACCUGUUUACAUGAGAGCCUCUUCCUGUAAUUCAUGAAGCUUCUACAUUUUUAGGUCAAAAACAACUUCGAGGUUAGAAAAUUCCCAGUUGAAACAAAUUUAUAUACACUUUUCUGUAAUUCUGCAUAUUUGCUAUGGGCCCAUCACAUACAGCUGAAAGUGUCAUAUACUGAUCGGAAUCUAUGUUGUAAUAUUGUUACGUAACACUAACUAAUAGCAAAGUAUUUUGAAUACAAAUAUAACAAUACAGUUACAAUACAGUUACACUGUGGAGUAGGCACAUAAAUUGUAACGCACAAUCACUCAAAGCACAGAGAACAUUGAAAUGGUUUUACUAAAUAAAACUAAACAUUUUCUUAAAAAGAUUGCAAAUAAAAAAAUCAAUAUUUAGUUUUAACCUUUGAUAUGGAGCUAAAUUGGGUCCAUAAAGUUUGUU